GGGACUGGGACGAGGAGCUGGAAGGCGAGGACGAGGGAGUGAGGAUGACCAGGACGGACACCCUCCACUCCACCACCAGCUCCACUGGAACGCAACGUAGGCGAGGACAACACGCUAAGAAACAAGUCCAGGGCACCAAUCAGGUGCAACGAGCUCCCCGAGCGUUGUUCUGCCUGAAGCUCAACAACCCCAUCAGACGUGCUGCGCUCUCCAUUGUUGAAUGGAAGCCAUUUGACAUCUUCAUCCUGCUCGCCAUCUUUGCUAACUGUGUCGCUUUGGGUGUGUCCAAACCAUUUCCUGAAGAUGACUCCAAUUCCACCAACCAUGACCUGGAACAAGUGGAAUAUGUCUUCCUCAUCAUCUUCACUGUGGAAACCUUCCUGAAGAUACUGGCUUACGGUCUGGUCAUGCACCCUAGUUCUUACAUCCGCAACGGCUGGAACCUUCUGGACUUUGUCAUUGUCAUCGUCGGUUUGUUCAGCGUGGUCCUGGAGACCAUGACGCACAAGUCGGGCGAGCAGGCGAGCACGCACCACAUGCCGGGAAAACCUGGCGGUCUGGACGUCAAAGCCUUGCGCGCCUUCCGGGUCCUGCGGCCCCUUAGGCUGGUUUCGGGAGUUCCCAGUCUGCAGAUCGUGCUGAACUCGAUCAUGAAGGCCAUGGUUCCCUUGCUCCACAUUGCUCUGCUGGUCCUCUUCGUCAUCAUCAUCUACGCCAUCAUCGGCUUGGAGCUCUUCAUUGGACGCAUGCACAGAACCUGCUACUACAUAGAAACUGACACGUACGUGGAGGACGACCCGGUGCCGUGCGCCUUCGCGGGUCACGGCCGCCAGUGCACGGUGAACGGCUCCGAAUGCCGCGGGCGCUGGGACGGGCCCAACGGAGGCAUCACCAAUUUUGACAACUUCUUCUUUGCCAUGUUGACGGUGUUCCAAUGUAUCACCAUGGAGGGCUGGACCGACGUCCUGUACUGGAUGAACGACGCCAUUGGCUUCGAGCUGCCGUGGGUCUACUUUGUGAGUCUGGUCAUCUUUGGCUCCUUCUUCGUUCUCAACUUGGUUCUUGGCGUCCUCAGCGGAGAGUUCAGCAAGGAAAGGGAGAAGGCAAAAGCUCGCGGAGACUUCCAGAAGCUCCGCGAGAAGCAGCAAAUGGAGGAAGACCUCUGCGGAUACAUGGACUGGAUCACACAGGCCGAGGACAUGGACGAGCUGGACGAGGAUGGAAACUCGCGUGAGUCUGUGUUUGUGUGUCGUUUUGCAAGUGUGUGUGUGAAGAUACACGAGAGGAUUUUGUGUGCUUGUGUAGGUCCAUCUCUGGGUGAUCUCUCUGAUAAGAAGAAAGGGAAGUUUGGAUGGUUCAGUCACUCCAAUGAAACGCACGCAAGUCUUCCCGCCAGCGAAACGGCGUCUGAGAACACGGAGAACAUCGAUGAAGAACACACCAACUGCUGCCAGGCCUGCUGUGCUCGAAUGAUGAAGAUCAGCUGCUGUCGAACCCUGCGACGCUGGAACCGAGUGUGUCGCAGGAACUGUCGCACUGCGGUCAAAUCGGUGACGUUCUACUGGCUGGUCCUGCUGCUGGUCUUCCUCAACACAUCCCUCAGCGCCUCCGAGCACUACAAUCAACCUGAUUGGCUGACGCAGGUGCAGGAUAUCGCCAACAAGGUGCUGCUGUCACUGUUCACGGUGGAGAUGCUUCUGAAGAUGUACAGCCUGGGCCUGGCGCAUUACUUUGUGGCGUUCUUCAACCGCUUCGACUGCUUUGUGGUGUGCGGCGGCAUCAUGGAGACAAUCCUGGUGGAACUGGACAUCAUGCCACCGCUGGGAAUCUCCGUGCUCCGUUGCGUCCGGCUACUGCGAAUCUUCAAGGUCACGCGCCAUUGGACGGCGCUGUCCAACCUCGUCGCGUCUCUGCUCAACUCCAUGAAGUCCAUCGCCUCGCUUCUGCUGCUCCUCUUCCUCUUCCUCAUCAUUUUCGCCCUGCUGGGCAUGCAACUCUUUGGUGGCAAGUUCAACUUCGAUGAGACGCAGACCAAGCGCAGCACCUUCGACGCGUUCCCACAGGCGCUGCUCACCUGCUUCCAGAUCCUGACAGGUGAGGACUGGAACGUGGUGAUGUACGAUGGCAUCAUGGCGUACGGUGGCCCCGUCUUUCCCGGGAUGAUAGUCUGCAUCUACUUUGUCAUCCUCUUCAUUUGCGGAAACUACAUCCUGCUCAACGUCUUCUUGGCCAUUGCUGUGGACAAUCUGGCCGGAGGCGACGGAGACGACAAAGAGAAAGAGAAGAAGACGGAGGGAGCAGAGGAGGAAGAACCGGAGGAGGAGAAGCAAGUGAAGGUGGACAUUGACGAGGACACAGAGUACGAGGAAGAGGAGGAGCUUCCGGAAGGCGAAGAUGACGGCGGCGUGCAGCUGAAGAUGGCUGACUUGGCCCCGCCCAAAGAAAAGGUUCUUCCCAUCCCGGACGGCAGUGCGUUCUUCUGCCUGAGCAAGACAAACCCCAUCCGAGUGGCGUGCCACACUCUGAUCCACCACCACAUCUUCACCAACCUCAUCCUGGUCUUCAUCAUCCUCAGCUCGUGCUCAUUGGCUGCGGAAGAUCCCAUCAGAGCGCACUCCUUCCGGAACAACGUUCUGGGUUAUGCCGACUAUGCCUUCACCUCCAUCUUCACUGUGGAAAUCCUGUUCAAGAUGACGGUCCACGGAGCGUUCUUGCACCAGGGAUCCUUUUGCAGGAACUGGUUCAACUUGUUAGAUCUCCUCGUAGUCAGCGUGUCGCUCGUCUCCUUCUUCCUGCAUUCCAGUGCCAUCUCGGUGGUAAAGAUCCUGAGGGUCCUCCGGGUGCUCAGACCUCUGAGGGCCAUCAACAGAGCCAAAGGCCUCAAGCACGUGGUCCAAUGUGUGUUUGUGGCCAUCAGGACCAUCGGCAACAUCAUGAUCGUCACAACGUUGCUCCAGUUCAUGUUUGCGUGUAUCGGGGUACAACUCUUCAAGGGUAAAUUCUAUCGCUGUACUGAUGAGGCCAAACAUACACCUGAACAGUGCAAAGGGACAUUUGUGGUUUACAAAGAUGGAGAUGUAAACCAUCCGAUGGUGCGAGAAAGAAUUUGGCACAACAGCGACUUCAAUUUUGACAACGUGCUCAUGGGAAUGAUGGCGCUCUUCACCGUGUCUACUUUUGAGGGCUGGCCCGCCCUGCUAUACAAGGCCAUCGACGCCAACGGGGAGAACUCGGGUCCCAUCUACAACUAUCGUGUGGAGAUCUCCAUCUUCUUCAUUGUCUAUAUCAUCAUCAUCGCCUUCUUCAUGAUGAACAUAUUCGUGGGUUUCGUCAUCAUCACUUUUAGGGAGCAAGGAGAACAGGAGUACAAGAACUGUGAACUGGACAAGAACCAGCGUCAAUGCGUUGAGUACGCUCUAAAAGCUCAGCCCCUAAAGCUCUACAUCCCCAAGAACCCGGUCCAGUACAAGUUCUGGUCCAUCAUCAACUCCACAGCCUUUGAGUACGUCAUGUUUGUGCUCAUCCUGCUCAACACCGUCACCCUCGCCAUCCAGCACUACGAGCAGUCUAAGACCUUCAGCCACAUCAUGGACAUCCUCAAUAUGGUCUUCACUGGACUCUUCACUGUGGAGAUGCUGCUCAAAUUGUUAGCCCUCAGACUCAGGCAUUACUUCGUGGAUGCGUGGAAUUCCUUUGACGCUCUCAUCGUGGUUGGCAGUGUGGUAGACAUCGUCGUGACCGAGUUCAGCAGCGGAGAGGACAGCUCUCGAGUGUCCAUUACUUUCUUCCGGCUCUUCCGAGUGAUGCGAUUGGUCAAACUGCUGAGCAAAGGGGAGGGCAUCCGAACUCUGCUGUGGACAUUCAUCAAGUCGCUACAGGCGUUGCCGUAUGUCGCCCUGCUCAUCGCCAUGAUCUUUUUCAUCUACGCGGUCAUCGGCAUGCAGACGUUUGGGAAGAUUGCCAUGCAGGAUCACACGCAGAUCAACAGGAACAACAACUUCCAGACUUUUCCUCAAGCCGUCCUCCUUCUCUUCAGGUGUGCGACGGGCGAGGCGUGGCAGGAGAUCAUGCUGGCCAGUCUUCCCGGGAAACGCUGUGAUCCCGAGUCCGACUACGAGCCAGGAGAAGAGUUCAGCUGCGGAAGCAACUUUGCUAUUGUUUACUUCAUCAGCUUUUUCAUGUUGUGUGCCUUCCUGAUCAUCAACUUGUUUGUGGCGGUCAUCAUGGACAACUUUGACUACCUAACCCGCGACUGGUCGAUCCUCGGUCCACAUCACUUAGAUGAGUUCAAGAGGAUCUGGUCAGAAUAUGAUCCAGAGGCCAAGGGUCGCAUUAAACACUUGGAUGUUGUGGCCCUACUUCGAAGGAUACAACCUCCCCUUGGCUUUGGAAAACUCUGUCCUCACAGAGUAGCGUGUAAGCGUCUGGUGGCUAUGAACAUGCCUCUAAACGCAGACGGCAUGGUGACCUUCAACGCCACCCUCUUUGCGCUAGUCCGCACCGCACUUAAGAUCAAGACCGAAGGCAACCCAGAUCAGGAGAACGAGGAGCUAAGGGGGAUCAUCAAGAAGAUUUGGAAGAGAAUGAAACCAAAACUUCUGGAUGAAGUCAUUCCACCACAUGAAGAGGAGGAAGUGACAGUUGGGAAGUUCUAUGCCACUUUCCUGAUCCAAGAUUACUUCCGCAAGUUCCGUAAGAGGAAGGAGAGAGGGGGUCUGAGUGUGGAGACUGAUGCCACCAACCCAUCAGCCGUACAGUUGUGUAAAGCAGGUCUCAAGACUCUGCAGGAUCUCGGUCCAGAGAUGCGUCUGGCCCUCAAUGAAGACCUGGAGGAGGAAGAGGAGGAGGAAGAAGAGGAGGAGGAGGAGGCCAUGAGGGAAGAGGACGAGAUGGACACAGUAGGACCGCACAAUGACCGGCGGGGCUCUAUUGUGGGUGACGGCGGUAUGGUUAAUGGUGGUCUGAUGCAUCGAGUCGGUUCUCUCUGCAAAAUGUCUAAUGGCGGUGAAUACGAUGGCCACAUUUCACGACGGGACAAUCUGAGAUCAUCUGUUAAUCAUCAUCAUCACCGCCGACCCUCAGUCAAGAAUGGCCUUCUCGAAAACACCAACAAGAGGCUGUCACAUCACAAAUAUGGAAGGAAGGACUUGAGGGAUAGGCAUUGGCGGAAUGGCGACAUGGACAUGUCCAGAGAAUCACGUUACUACACAAGAGAAGACGACGCAGGCAGCAUCACUUCCACAGAAAUAUAUUACCCUGAUGAUCAUCUGCACCAUGAUGGCCACGCCCACUACAGCCACUAUGGUAAUGGCUACAGCGAUGGCAGAAGGACAACACGGAGGCGUCUUCUACCGGCCACGCCCACAGGUCGAAAGCCCUCAUUCAAUAUUCAGUGUCUGAGACGUCAGGGCAGCAGUGACGACUUACCCAUGCCUGGAACGUACCACCCCACUUCUCCUCCACGCCGCACCCGCACUCAGACGUACAGCAGUUACAACCACCCUCCAACAUCCGGUCGCUCAUCUGUGGUUUCCUCCACCUCCUGGGCCAAUCCGUGCCCUCGCCGUGGUCGCCUCCUGUACGCUCCUCUCAUCUUGGUGGAGGAGGAGAGCAGCCCAUCUUGGGGCCGAGAAAGAGAAGGAGAACGAGGAGCUGGAUGCGGCCAGGAGGACAAGCUGGCGGGAGCGGGAAGAGCAGGUGUAAGCGUGACGGGAGCGGCGCCGAGCCCUGCCUGGUACGCCGCGACGGGAGCCCCGCCUCCUUACAGAGCGUACACCACCCUCAGAGUUCCCUCUCAACUCGGCUCUCCGUUUGGCGAGAAACGUGGCUCAGCCGACAGCCUGGUGGAGGCGGUUCUCAUCUCUGAAGGUCUCGGCCUUUACGCACGCGAUCCCAAAUUUGUGGCAUUUGCAAAGCGGGAGAUCGCGGACGCAUGUCACAUGACCGUGGACGAGAUGGAAUCGGCCGCCAGCGAUCUCCUGGGGUCUGCAAGCCACGACUUCCUCAGCACCGCCGGCGCGGAACAGGCUGCACUCUAUAGCGACGAGGAGCCGAUCCGGACGGGCCGGGAGGAGGACGAACUAGCUGAUGAAAUGAGCUGUGUGACUUCACUUUGAUGGGCAGGUGUUCGCAGCCAAUCAGGGACUGUGGAGCGGGCUGUCGCCGGGGCUCCGAUGGAAGUAAAAACUCUUUCAAACGAAAGGUUUAAAUGAAACAAUGAAAAAAGAAAGUAGUGGAUGAACAUCGCGUGUCAUGCUGAAGCUUCUCCACUGAGUGGUCAUACCGGAACUCUGCAAGUUUGCAAACAAGACCUGCAGAAGAAGAACUUUGAUUCAAGUGUUGGGUGCUAUCUGUUAGCACUUACCAACCAGCUGCUUGGCAUUCUAGCUGUACAGAUGCAAAAACGUUUACUUAUUCCUCGUCUUUUUGAUAGUUUGAACAUUUUAAAGUUUCUCAGUAAACAUUACACAGUAUUUAUUUUUUUGACCUAGCUUAGCACAAACAUUAUCGUCUGUCUUGGAUGACAUGAUUCCACCAGAUGAACAUUAACAUUAGCCCGAGGUCAGUGUUAGCUGCUAAACACACCAGACCACCAACUGGCUUUCUAGCCGACCUUCACCAUGCUGUACAAUCGUCAACUGAGCCACCAUUUUUUUUUUUUUUUAUAAAGAAAAACACUUUUCAACAAUUGGUAUUUUUGGAAAUUCCACCCUAUGCUCUUAACUGUGUUGUGAGAGAGCAGCGUUCACAGAGGCACAGCGUGGUCCAUUUUGUAUGACUUUCCGAACAAACGUAUUGGCUAUUGACAGGGAUACGUAAGUGCGUCCACCAUCUUGAAUGUGUCGCCUGGAAACAUUUUGUUCUGCCCGACGCACCGGCUGCCCUGUCUUCUCAGUCAGAGCAGCAUUGAAUAACUGAACGAGUUUUCAAAUAUUUUCAAAUAUUAAUAUACAGAGUGCGCUUGGAGUGAAUUUUCAAACAUACUCAAUGACUUUUCUGCCUGUGCUAACCGUUAUCUGUUAGCUAAGGAUUCCUGUGUAGAGUACUUGACAACAAAAGAAAACUUUUCUACUUUUUCACGUGUCCCUCUUUGCAAUCACAAGCUGUGCCGCAGCUGAUGGAUGAUAUAAUACUUGAGUCAUCAGAGGAAGUUUUACAGACAUGACUAAUUGAAAUGACUGGAUCAGAUUUGAAUAAUUGAAAUUAGUUGAUCCGGCCACUAAUGGGGAAAAAAAAAUGCAGAAAUCACCAAUCGAAAUGAGUUGAUCUCAGCACGACAAAACUGAAUGAAGUCCAUCAGACAUGACUAAUUGAAGAAAUGUAAUCAGCACGUGAUGAAUCAGAAGUUUUGCAAACAUGACUGAUCGCGAUAAACUGAUCAGGCACGAUUUAUUAAAAAAAUGAGCAGACAUAACUCAUAAUGGAAAAUGGAGGGAUAAUUGAUCAGAAUAUGUUGAGCAGGCAUUACUCAUCAAAAGAAGCGAUUAGAUGAAAUGACUUCAUCAGGCUUGACUAAAUGAAGGAUGGUCAUCAGACAUGAUUAAUUGAAAAAUAUUUUUCAGACAUGACUAAUCGAAAUGCCUUGAUUAGGGAGGACUAAUUGAAGGAAGUCCAUUGGCCAUGACUAAUUGAAAAGAGCUAUUCAGACAUAACUAACCACUGGCACUUGAUCCGGCAUGACUGAUUAAAGUAGAUCAGACUUGAGUAAUCAAAGGUUCAAAGGACUCACUGGAUUCACUUACGGACUACAUGACCCCAAAACUUUUUUACUUUUUCUAGCUAGCUGUGCUGCAUCUGACAGAUUAGCUGCCUCCUGGUAGCGCAUAGCCCCAUGCGGAAGCUAAUGCCGCCUCUGUGGUGACCCCGUGAGGAGACUUUUAAGCAGGCUUGAAUUUUAUGUAUUUGUUGAUCUACUGGAAGGUGGAUUUUUAUUUUGAAUCUCAUUUUUGUUGUAAUGUUAUUUUUUUUGUAUUGAUGGUGAUCAUCAGAGAUCCUUUUGUCUUCUUGUGUUUUUCCUAAACAUCAAACGAAGGGCUCACUCACGGUUGUCCCUGCAAAUUACCACAACAAAGUCAACUCUGCAUACCUCCAAUUAAAAAAAAAACCUAUAUAUUUGUUUUUUUAAUUAUAAAAUUAUUUAUGUAUAUAUUUUUUUCAUCACUCACUGCAGACACACAAACAGACUAAACGUGUCAUAAUAGGUCUGUGCAAUUAAUUUAUUUUGACUUUAUCUAUCAGAAUAUUUUUUUUGAUACAAAUAUUUUAGAGGUAGAGUUUUCAUAGAGGUACAAUUGCACUAACGACACGGCAGCAAACAGCAAAGAGUAUGUUUACAAAAGCAGGUGGUUGACUAUUUAGCGACUUUACUGACCCAUCUAAAAAUCAUUUUUUCCAAAAAAAAAGACCAGUGACUUAAUUCCUGCUGACACAAUAAUCACAAUUUUGCAGAUGACAGGAAUAAUGUAAAUAGAACACUGAUAUUGUGUGUUUACAUAGUUGUUGUUUUUUUUGACAAAUGGGACAAUUAUUUUCACAAAAUCUGUAAAGAAAAAAAACUCACAAAAUUUCCAUUAUUUUAUUGGAAAUUGAUGAAAGUUUCA